UGAAGGGGAUGUUUCUGGUCCCUUGGAAAUGGGAAGACCGUUCUCCCUGGUGGCUUGAAAGUCCACGUUUCAUUCCGUCACUCAAGACUACUUACUGGGCACCUUUCCUGUGGCCAGCGCUGCGCUCACAGCAGGAUGCUGCAGUGAACGAGCCGGGCAAGGGCUGUGACUUUGAGGAACUUGCAUGCUCUCAGGGCUGGUCAGACGGUGAACAAGUGAACAAACACGGUGACUUCAGCUUGCUUCGCAAGUGCUGUGAAGAAACAGCCUCCUUCCUGUAAGGGCAGAGAGCGCGCGCUUGCUGCCUGGACAAGGGGGCCCAUGGUUGUUCUCACUUACGUAUUUGGGAAACACAUCCUGGAUUCUGAGCGUGGAGGUUCUCAAGGUGAGCCUGGAGACUGAGGGGAGUGAUCAGGCCCAGUCACCCCGUGACCGCCACAGCGCGUCACGAGCCCAGCACCCCAGCUUUCCAGGAAGAGAUUUGGACACACAGGGAGACACGCCAGGGAUGCUCACACACAGAGGAAAGGCCACGUGAGGACACAGUCAGAUGGUGGCUGUUUGCAAGCCAAGGCGAGAGGCCUCAGAAGAAACCAAGCCGGCUGCCACCUUCAUCCUGAGCGUCUAGCCUCCAGAACUGUGUUGGCUAAAUUUGUGGUUUUAAGAAAACCCGAGCCUGAAGGCAGCCACCCUGGGAGAAGCCCUUUCCGUGGGCAGUCGGAACCUUCUGGACCAGAGGAGAAGCCGUCCCCUCACCUGGACUUAUGACCCGCGGCUUCGCCCCCAGCCUGCCCGCCGAGGUCUACAAGAUGGGCUCCUUCCGCAGGCCCAGACCGCGCUUCAUGAGCUCCCCAGUGCUCAGCGACCUGCCCCGAUUCCAAGCCACCCGCCAGGCCCUGCAGCUGAGCUCCAACUCGGCCUGGAACAGCGUGCAGACCGCCGUGAUCAACGUUUUCAAAGGCGGUGGCUUGCAGGGCAACGAGCUCUAUACACUGAAUGAAAACAUCAGGCGGCUGCUGAAGAGUGAACUCGGAGCGUUCAUUACAGACUAUUUCCAGAACCAGCUUCUUGCGAAAGGACUGCUGUUUGUGGAAGAGAAGAUUAAGCUGUGCGAAGGUGAAAAUCGCAUUGAGGUUCUGGCUGAAGUCUGGGACCACUUCUUCACUGAGACCCUCCCCACCCUGCAGGCCAUAUUUUACCCCGUUCAGGGCCAGGAGCUGACCAUCCGCCAGAUCUCCCUGCUGGGCUUCCGUGACCUGGUCCUGCUGAAGGUGAAGCUGGGCGACCUGCUGCUGGGCCCGUCCCAGCUGCCCCCGUCCAUCGUCCAGAUGCUGCUCAUCCUGCAGAGUGUUCAUGAGCCCACGGGCCCCAGCGAGGGCUGUUUGCAGCUGGAGGAGCUGGUGAAGCAAGUGGUCUCUCCUUUCCUGGGCGUCAGCGAGGACCGCGGCGUCUCGGGCCCCACAUACACGCUGGCCAGGCGCCACUCCCGGGUCCGGCCCAAGGUCACGGUCCUGAACUAUGCCUCCCCGAUGGCCACUGGCGGCCGGCCCCUGAAUGAGAUGGCCCUGACCCCUCUGACGGAGCAGGAGGGGGAGGCCUACCUGGAGAAGUGUGGCAGCGUCCGGCGGCACACGGUGGCCAACGCCCACUCGGACAUCCAGCUGCUGGCCAUGGCCUCCAUGAUGCACUCGGGCCUAGGCGAGGAGCCCGGGGCCGAGGAUCAGUGCCUGCUCCUGCCGCCCCGCUUCUUGCCGCCCCACCGCCAGUGCUCCAGCGAGCCCAGCAUCACUGACGGCCCCGAGGAGCUGGAGGAGGUGGCCGGGGGCUGCCCGGAGGACUCGGAGCCCAACUGUGCCUCCCUCAGCUGACUGCCACCGGGGGACCUCCCAGGUCUGCCCAGCAGCCAGCAUGAGGACAGCCCCAUCCUGUGACUCACCAGCGGGCUCUUCCUUGGGGGCAAGGCUGCCUCGUGUCUUCUUGGGGACAAGCCUAGUCUGAGUGCCCGGGGGGAAUCCCUGUUGUCAACCUCUCUGUUUUUGUGCCUGUGACCACCUGUUCGCAGCCACGCAGACCCAGCGGCCUGGUACCCACUUUCUGAUUUCCAGCCUGGCCUGCCUGACCCGGGUUUCAUCUCUGGGCUUCCCCCCUCAGAUCCUGGACUGCCCAAUGCCCCCCAGGGCACAGCCCGGUGCCCGUGGCGUUGCUGUGGCAGGAGGCUGUCUGGGCCACACCUAGAGCCCAGAAGGACGUGCGGGAGUUCCCCUCUGGGUCUGGUGAUGCAGAGGCGUGUGGGUGAAAAGGUACCUCUCCUUCCCUGUGUGUGGGGAGUGGAUGGAGACGCAGCCCCGACCAAGCAGGGCCCUGGGAAAGCGCCUUCCUCCUUUUAGUUUCAGGAUUACAGGGAAAGAGUUGCCCCCUGGUGCUGAGGGUCCCCUACGUCACAUCCCGGAAGCCACCAGGUUGGAUGAAGCCUCUGCAUUUCCCCCCAGGCUUCCUCCCACACUCACAGAGCCAGCCUCCCUGGGGGCAUUGCUGGUGCCUUCAUCCCUCUCUGACGUCAGAAACUGACCGUUCUCCUGUUGUGGGUGAAGGGCCGAAGGGCUGGCUGAUACCAACCAACUAGUCUUGUUCCUGGAUUUGACUUGAAUUUUUAAAAUGUGCGUCGUUUCAAAA